AAGGGCAUUUCAGUCAUUUUAUCUCCAUCUCCCCCAGAUCUCACACGUGUGAUCCAUCCUGAGCGUCCAUUUCGCACGUGCCAAACCCCCUUUCUAUUUGAAUUCCAUUCCCCGGCGUUCCACCUCCCACCUCCGAGAAUCCAGCAUUUGGAAAGAGGAGGAGAAAUCCAGAGGAAAAGGGGAGGGAUUUUGCCCUAAUCUCCCCCGAUUCUUCAUUCCAAUCCUUGUUUUUACCUCUUGAAUCGAUUCCUUGAUCGAAAUCUGAUCUAUUUGGUUGGUUUUCUUGGAGGUUUUGUUUGGUUAGGGUUUGAGAGAUGGAGAGCUGCGAGGAUUCGAGAGGGGCUGGGCAACAGAAGGAGUGUGUCAAGGUGGCUGUGAAUAUAAGGCCGCUUAUCACUUCCGAGCUUCUCUUGGGUUGCGCCGAUUGCGUCAGUGUUGUUCCUGGGGAGCCUCAGGUUCAAAUUGGUUCACAUGCUUUCACAUUUGACCAUGUUUAUGGGAGCUCUGGAACGCCUCAUUCACUUAUAUUUCAGGAGUGCAUAGCUCCUUUGGUUGACGCAUUAUUUCAUGGAUACAAUGCCACGGUCCUUGCUUAUGGACAGACUGGCUCUGGGAAGACAUACACUAUGGGAACCAACUAUUCUGGUGAAGCUAAUUGUGGGGGGAUUAUUCCACAAGUAAUGGAGACAAUAUUUAAGAAAAUUGCAGCAAUGAAAGACACUGCUGAGAUUUUACUCAGAGUAUCUUUCAUAGAGAUUUUUAAAGAAGAAGUUUUUGAUUUGCUUGACCCACAUCUUAAUGCUUCCCUAAGAGCUGAAGGCCCUGCUGGAGUUAAGGUAGCUGUAGCUCCAAGGGCUCCAAUUCAGAUUAGAGAAACAACCAAUGGAGGGAUCACACUUGCUGGUGUUGUUGAGGCAGAAGUCAGGUCAAAAGAAGAGAUGGCAUCGUAUUUAGCUCGUGGUUCCCUGUCCCGUGCUACAGGGAGCACCAACAUGAAUAGUCAGUCAAGUCGUUCACAUGCUAUUUUUACUAUAAGUCUGGAGCAAAAGAAAACUAGUACUUGGUCAAGUGAUGUAGUGACCAAUGAUGAAUUUGGUGAUGACAUAUUAUCUUCAAAACUUCAUCUAGUGGAUCUUGCUGGUUCUGAACGUGCAAAGCGCACUGGAGCUGACGGUUUGCGUCUCAAAGAGGGCAUACAUAUUAACAGAGGCUUGCUGGCUCUUGGAAAUGUUAUUAGUGCAUUAGGUGAUGAAAAGAAAAGGAAAGAAGGAGGACAUGUCCCAUACCGUGACAGCAAACUAACUCGUCUGCUACAGGAUUCCCUUGGCGGAAAUAGCAAAACCGUAAUGAUAGCUUGCAUUAGUCCUGCGGAUUCUAAUGCUGAAGAGACUCUUAAUACUCUCAAGUAUGCCAACCGUGCUCGCAAUAUUCAGAACAAAGCUGUGAUAAAUCGUGAUCCAAUGGCAGCUCAAAUGCAAAAAAUGCGCAACCAAUUGGAGCAAUUGCAAGCCGAAGUGUUGUAUUGUCGUGGUGGUGGUGCGCUAGAAGAGCUUCAAAUUUUGCGCCAUAAGAUCUCCUUGCUUGAAGCCAGCAAUACAGAGCUCCAUCAAGAGCUUAAAGAACAACAAAUCACUUGCGAGCACUUAAAGCAACAAGCCUUGGAUGCUCAGUGUGAAAAAGAUGAGCUGAUUUUGAAGAUCAAAUCAGCUCGAAGUGGAAAAUCAUGGGAGGAAAUUGAUGGCGCAAACAACUCACAGUAUGCUCAAGAAAUGGAUUUGGUGAAGAGUUAUACUGUAAAAAUUCAAGAGUUAGAAGCUCAGUUACUGAAGGCCAGAAGUUUCACCAAUUCUGAACAAAAUGGACUUAUGGAUUGCCUUGCUUUUGGGAAAGAUACAUUCCUACCAAGUCUGCAUGUGUUAGCAUCAGACGAUGAUGAUAAAAACCUUGAUGUUUCCGGUGAAGCUGAAGAGGAUGAAAAAGAGCGGGAGCAUUGUACUUUGCAGGACAGAUUGGGGCAAGAGCUCCAAGAAUUGGAUAAACGACUUGAACAAAAGGAGGCGGAAAUGAAACAAUUUUCAAGGAAUGACACGUCGAUACUCAAGCAGCAUUAUGAGAGGAAGUUGUUAGAAUUAGAGCAUGAAAAAAAAACUUUACAGAAAGAGAUUGAAGAUCUUCGGUUCAAUCUUGCAAACAUUUCAAAUAAUUCUGAUGAUAGUGCCCAAAAAUUGAAGGAAGAAUAUCUUCAGAAGUUGAACAUGCUUGAAGCUCAGGUGUCUGAGCUGAAAAAGAAGCAAGAGGCACAGUCUCAACUACUGAGGCAAAAGCAAAAAUCUGAUGAGGCCGCAAAACGGUUACAAGAGGAAAUUCAAAGGAUAAAGUCUCAGAAGGUACAUUUGCAACAUAAGAUUAAGCAAGAAUCUGAACAGUUUCGGGCAUGGAAGGCCACAAGAGAAAAGGAGGUUCUUCAGCUCAAGAAGGAGGGUCGGAGGAAUGAGUAUGAGAUGCAUAAACUGAUGGCAUUAAACCAAAGACAAAAAAUGGUUCUUCAACGGAAGACGGAAGAAGCUUCAAUGGCCACCAAACGAUUGAAAGAACUACUGGAAGCAAGAAAGGCUUCUUCACGCUCUGGAAGUGUAAAUGGACCUGGGAUUCAGGCAUUGAUGCAGGCAAUUGAAAGUGAGCUUGAAGUUAACUUGCGGGUCCAUGAAGUACGGUCUGAAUAUGAGCGGCAAAUGGAAGAGAGGGCGGCCAUGGCCAAGGAGGUGGCAAAGCUGAAGGAGGAGUCUGAAUUAUUUAAGAGAAAGAAUGCUGAGAAUUGCGUUCUCAGUGAUUGCCCCCAAACGAUGUCUCCUAGUGCCAGAAACUCACGAAUUUUCGCAUUGGAAAAUAUGCUGGCAACUUCAUCGACAAACCUUGUAACAAUGGCCUCACAAUUGUCAGAAGCUGAGGAGCGUGAACGUGUUUUUAGUGGCCGGGGACGCUGGAAUCAAGUUCGUUCAUUAGCUGAAGCUAAAAAUGUUAUGAACCAUUUAUUUAAUCUGGCAUCUUCAUCAAGGUGCCAGCUGCGUGAUAGGGAGAUACAAUGCAGGGAGAAAGACUCCAUUAUUAGCGAUUUCAAGGGAAAGGUUUUCAAUCUUAGUAGCUUGGUGAGGCAACUGGAAGGAGAAAAGCUUAAACUGCUGCAAGAGCUGAAUUUGCAGAAACUUGCUCCUAAGAGAAGUUCACAGGAUGCAGGUGGUCAUUUAGGAACUGUUUUAUCAAGUUCGACUGACGAUGGUCAGUACUAUGCUCUGCGCAAGGCUUCACGAACCUCCCAAGUUUUUGACAGAAGCAGAAACAAUUUGGAUUUCUUUGAGGAUAUGGACACUUCUGAUUCAGAACAAUCUGAUCAAUAUGAUUCUGAUUUUGACAUGACUGAUGAGGACUGGGUAGAGUCUGAAAAGAAGAUUGGAAGAAAACAAUCCAGACAAUCCCGUUUUGGCAAGAAAACUUUUGAAGAUGGCCAUACUUCAGAUAAUAUAAAAUUGGAAGUUUUGAAUGAAGAAACUGAAUCGGUGAUUGAGAAAAAUAGCUCUCCAAUAUGUUGCUCAUGUUCGAAGAGCUCAUCUUGUAAAACUAAGAAGUGUGAAUGUCGAGCUGAUGGAAACUUAUGUGGUGCUUCUUGUGGAUGCAUAGUUUCCAAAUGUUCUAAUAGAGUAGCUAACUUCAUUCAGAAGGAGAGUGAUGAUAAAUUACACUCAGAAUUAAGUGGAAGUGGUGGGAGCAAUUCAUCAUCUGAGUGUUUAGAGAAUGAGAAAUGCAAUGAGUUGGUGUCUGAGUGUGCAUUGCUACUUCAAAAUGCACUUGCAGAGAAACCAAAUGUAGUUGAUGAAGAUUCAAAACAGAGGAAGCCCUUAUCCGACAUUGGAAAUACUGUGACCAAGCCAAAUGGAGGGAAAAGAAGGAAGAAUUGGCGGAAAACUACAAUACAACUUGUUCCAUCAAACCCAAUUCCAACUUCAGCCAUUGAAACAAAUGAAGUUCCGAGGCAGAGGGAGGAAAAUAUCCCCCCCUUGAGGUUACCACGGGUGAUGGACACUAGAGCCCUGGAUACAAAUCCUCCUCUUGGUGAUAGGAAUUCAGUGAAGGCUGAAGGUUCAAGGGCAACUGCUAAAGAUGUUAGCAACAUUCUUCAACCCAAAUCUCCCAACCGGUUAAGGAAGGCUAGCGAUGAGAAAGAGAAUCAGAUUGUAUGAUCUGCUGCACCCUUUCAUGCACACAUCUAAAAAUUGCUACUGCUGGGUCACCAUUUUCAGAUGAAGCACUCAACAUGAAUUGUCAAUGGGAGAUGAAUCAAUGAGCACCCAUGAACUGCAAGUACUUGAUAGAGCUUGGCUCUAUGAGGCUGUGUUUCAGGAUUCCUAGUUCAGGUUAAGCAUGUCGCUUUCUGAUUUGUAUUCAGUUCUGAUAAUGUUGUUAACAAGGAUACGAUGUAGUUUUGGCUGGUUGCCGGAUGGAAUGGCCCAGUCAGAAUUGCUGAUUGUAAGGAAACACAUUGAUUUUGUACUCAAACGUUCUUUUAUUCUUGUGGAAAAGUCAUGU